AGAACAUUGCCAGCAGGGCAAAAGUCAAGAUGAAGCUCACUGGCCUGCUUGGCGUGAUCCUCGCGGGAGCAGCCAUCGCCGCCCCUCCACAGCAGCCGCAUGAUGCUGCAAGUGCCAACGUGACCUCCGAGGCGGCCCCCACCAACGGGUCAGCCACACAGCGCGAGGGGCGUCGGCGUGACUUCUUUGGCAGCCAACUGAGCUGUGCCACGAAAGGGGACAUCCAAGUGGGCACGGCUAACGUGCUGUCGGCCGUGAGCAUAGAGCUGGCCCAGCAGCGCAGUCAGCUUCAGAAGGACGUCAUCAGUCGCUGCGGUGGCGGCAAAGCCGACGUCUGUGACCUGCAUCCGCUGCUGAAGGCACAGGGCGACGCCGCUAAGAGCAUCCAGUGGCUCAAGACCGACCAGGAGAGCGUCAAGGCGGCACUGUCGGAGGUCAGGUCCGUGGUGCUCAGCGGCCAGGCCUCCAUCGCCCAGGGCGUUACCGGCCUCCAGUCCAGUCAAGAGGAGCUCAAGGACGCCGUGGCCGACACCAAGACGAUGCUCACGAGCGGCCAGGGGACCAUCAUCAACGACAUCACUGGGCUAAACGCCGAGCUAGGCAGAGUCGAGAAGGCAGUCAUCCGUGGGCAGGGUGAUAUUGCAACGGGCGUCAACCGGCUGGAAACGGGUGUCGAAGAGAUCAAAACCGCCAUUGGAGGUGAAGCCAAUGGACUUCAGAGUGGUCUCAGCACAAUCGUGUCGAGCAUUAGGAAACUCUCAUCCGACCUUGCCGAAACCGAGAGUGCCAUCGUUGAACGGCAGUCGACAAUCACCAACAGCCUGGAUGAUAUUCAGACCAAGCAGAACAAUCUCCUGGCUUCAGUGGACAACACAAAAGAUAUGAUUGUCGAGCGCCAGAUUGAAAUAGCGCACAGUUUUGAGGGUGUAGACGAUGGUCAACAUGAUAUUUUGCACGCGAUCAAGGACACUAAGAAUAUGAUAACGGGCACUCAGGGCACCAUCGUCGGCAGUCUCCAGAGCAUCAUGAGCCGUCAGCCCGAAAUCAUCAGCACGGUGACAUCGACAGGGAACGCUCUCGAUACCAAGAUCGAUGCUCUAGGCAACGACAUCAACCAGUUGGAAUCAGGACAGGCAGAUCUUCUGAAUGCGGUACAAGACACAAAAGACACCAUUGUCAGCCGUCAAGGAAGCAUAAGCAGUGAUCUGAAACACCUCAAGGAUGGGCAGAGUCAGCUAGAGCAUACUAUUCACCACGCAAAAGAAGCCAUUCUGGCUGCUCAUGAACAUAAAGACCAUGGCUCUUCUGAUGGCGCGAAACCAGAAAUACUGCAAGCUAUCGAAUCUGUAAGGCAGUCCAUCACAGAAAAGCAGGACAGCAUCGAGUCAAGGAUUCAUGAUCUUGAGCGUAAUCAGGAAAUCAUUGCUUCCCGGCUGCAGGACACAAGACGAGACAUUUUCCGAGUGUUGCGUCGGAUCGAGGACCGACUGGAGAACAAUGACGGUGAGGCGCAAUCGGGCGGGGGUUAACCGGCGCAUGACUGGGGGUGCUUUACGGGCCCCCUCCCGUUUUUCGGCAAUAUCCUCUAACGCGUUUGACGGAUCAACACGAAAGUUGCGGUACCUUCAGCGGCAUUGGAUCCUGGGUCCGACCUGCAGGCCUGUUGAGCAUCUGCGCGCAAUGAUUUAUCAUUACCAUCAUCAUCAUGUUUAUAAGUAGGGUAGAGUGGGGUAGAACGCCCCCAUUAAGAGAAAUUGCAAACACUCUCUGCAUAAUUGCAUCCACCAAUGAAAUGUGUGUGCAAUAGAAUAGACAAACUAUUUCUCCUUCUUUGUGCAGUAGAAAUUGUGCAUUAUCACCGACGUAGUGAGCGACACAGACGUGUCUUCGUUGGAAAAGAGUGUCUUACCUCACGAGGUGGGUAAGACGCUCUGGAGAGGAGUUCUUACCUUAUACUUACCUUAUACACUUACUUGUUCUUUCCUUACUUACCAUAAUUAUUACCUUACCUUAUACUUAACUUACAGAGGAAGGCGAUUAUGGAUCCUAAGGCCGGAACCGCGGAGUCGGAGCCACCGAAAUUCCAUCAACUUCGAAACCAUUCAAGGUCUGCCUACACUGGGAGAAAAGUUGACUCUCUACCAGCUUUGAUGUGUGUUGAUGCGUCGACAACUCCUUACUUAUUCACCGUGUCCACAGCAAAAACUUGUUGUAAUCUUUUAUUAUUCUUCCCAAGGUUUUUGUGAGAAUUUUGUGAGAGGCGUCCGUGCCUGUUUCCGUGUUCUUCUUAUACUCCAGCUGGAUGAUUAUGAAAUAUUUUUUUCAAUGUGCUGAUGUAACUCUGGCUAAACUCUUUCUAUCCGGCCAACUCUUCACAAGUCCUUCGGGUAUUCACAUGACGAGUCUUGAAGGAGCUCUGACAGCAUAUGGUAGCCAUUUUGUAACUAUACAUUCGUCCGCCAUAUUUGUUUAUUCAGUUGUAGGCGAGAGAGUGCGGUGAGCUGUUGUGGGGAAGGAGGGGGUGAUGAAAUCCUGGGUAAGUUCGCUUUUAUGUAUGUUGUGUCUGCUCAAAGCGUUCCUUUAUUGUAUUGUAUAAUGUUGUAUUGUAAUUUACAAACCUGUAAUAAAUGAAA